AUGUUGUCAAGGUCUCAUCUCACACGCCAUGGCCUGCGAUCAUCUGCCACUAGGGCUCCUCUCCAGGGCCUGAAGUCGACCGUACAUCCUCAACUGCAGCAGCGCGACUUUCAUCCCUCACGACCAAAUCACCUCCUCCCAGAACUCCUGCAGCUUUCUCACGCGGCAUUCCAAGAGAUCCAUAGUGUAUCAGGUCUGCCCUGGGCAUACUCAAUACCUCUAACCGCGGCCCUCUUCCGAGCGUCAUGGAUACCGAUACAAUGCCUCAUCGCGCGAAACCGGAAACGGCGUCAACUUGUCAGUCAACCUCUUCUCGCCUGGCGCUAUGUCUACCGGAAAGCCGCUGUGGAGGCACGGGGUAGACGUCCCGCCACAGAAGCCGACGCAGAGAAAGCAGCCCAAUGGGUCACACAAAAACUCGAGGAACGGAAGACAUCCUUGAAGAAUGAUCUUCCCUACAUGGAGCCCAAAUGGGAAUGGAUUCUUCCGCUGGCGUUCUUGCCUGUGUGGUUCCUCAACGCAGAGACGAUAAGGAGGAUGUCGUCGGACACGAGGACCGCCAUGGCUUGGAUAGGCGGGCGAGGCGACACCACCGACUCUCCAGCGUCCGUCUUGAUUCCCAUCGAGUCCGGCCUGGAGACCGAAAGUCUGGCAUGGACAUCUGACCUUGUCUCGGCCGAUCCUUACAUGAUCCUGCCUGGUGUCUUCCUGAUUCUAUCUGUCUGGAACGCCCGAGUAGCACUGGGGAAAGCACCAGACCCUCAAGUGCAAAAGGAAAUGCGGAGGACACGCCUUGGCCGACUACAACUCGAAAUUCCCCACAUCAUCCAGCUACUUGCCGUCGUAUUUCCCUUGUCGCUGAUCUGGCAAGACAUGCCAUCUGCGGUGGUGCUCUACCUGAUCGGGUCCAGUGCUACAAUGCUGGUACAGCGAGCUGUGAUCAAGAAUCUCAUGGGCGAGACCAAGGUAAUCAAGCCGUUAAACGCCAAACUGGCAAUGGGGCUCAAGAAACAUGGCGAGGAGACGGAGAGUAAGUCCGUCUUUGACAACAGAGCCCCAAUAUAG